AUGAGUGGAAUUAAUCCCGAUUUUAGGAAGGAAUUAUCAAGACGUGAAUCAUCUAUCAAUACAUUAAAUGAAUUUUUAAAAUAUGCAAAAAUUGAACAAGAUUUACAUGAUACAUUUGGUAGGCUAUCAUUCGAUUCACAACAACGUCAUUUUAAUUAUAAUCACCCAUCAAUUCCAUUAUUAACUGCUACAGUUAAUCAACCAAAACAAUAUUAUAAUAAAAUGAAGCACAACAAUUAUGUCUCACAUUCAACACAAUCACAGAGCUCCGUUUCUCAGCGAAACUCGAUUCCAACACUUGGAAAUCGAACAUCCAUGGCACCUGAUAGAAAACAAAUUCGAAAUUAUCCACCACAAUCAAUAUCAAAAAAGAAACCAAUCAAUAGUCGACCAACAUCACAACAUCAAUUCAACAACUGUAAAAUUCGUGUUAAUGAUCAACCAACUGAAGCAAUUGUUGAUACUGGUUCCGCCAUCUCAAUUAUUCAUUCAAAUUUUCUCAAAACCAUUCAUCACCAUAAUUUUUUAUCUCAAACUCAUUUAUGUCAAACUGCAAAUUCAACACCUCUUAAUAUUAUUGGUCAAAUAAAAUUAGAAAUACAAAUUAAAUCUAUCAAAACUUAUGUUACUGCUCAUGUUGCUACAAAUUUAAUUACUUCAAUUCUUUUAGGCAAUGAUUGGAUAAAUUCGAAUCAUGUUCACCUUUAUGGUGACCAGAAAAAAUUAACCAUUCCUAAUCAAUAUGGCCAAUUAAUUUCAAUCCCGUAUGUGGAGCCAACUUGCAUUAAUUAUCCAGCAUUAUUAGUCCAUGAAAUUACUCUUCCUCCAUAUUCACAAAAAUUAGUUGAUAUUACAUGUCAAGUUACUAAAGCUAAUAAUCUUAUAUUUGAACCCUAUGAACGUCACAUAUCAAAAUUUAUCUUCGUACCACAUACAUUACUAAAUAUCAAUAAAUAUCAAGCCAAAAUAUUAUUCAUAAAUGCACAAAAUCGACAACAAACAUUAUCAAAAAAUACACGAAUCGGAACCAUCUCCCGUGAUGCAACAUGUACUAUAUAUGCAA